AUGAUAAAUAAAAUGAGGAAACUGUUUCGAGGCAGCGGCAGGAUCCUGGCCAUUAUCUUUGGCGCCUCGAUUAUCUGGCUGAUCUUUGACAUGGCAGCGCUGCGGUUUUCCUUCACCGAGAUCAACAGUAGAGUUUCCAAAGAGGAACUGGUGCGGCUGGAGCGGCUGAGGGCGAAGGUGCUGCAAGACCAGGAGCUGCACAAGAUGUUCAGGAAAAGGGCCGGAGACCUUGUCGGGUUUGCCGGGGACGCCGGGCGGCGGACUCUCCAUGGAAACCACUCAGCCCCGGCUGGUGACCCCGCUGCCGGCGGGCUGCAGGCGGCCGAUAGGCGGCAAAUUGAGGGAAAGUUGGCGAAACGUCGCGCGGGAGCGGGCACGCGCCCCCCGGCCAACGGCCGCAGCCUCCCCCCGCCCCCUGGAACAUUCCGGAAUCGGCCAACGGCUCCCCAGCCCGAUCGACACGGCGGCGGUGUCCGGACUCCCGCCUGGCGGCCCCGCUUCCGGCUGGGAGACCUGCCUUCUCACCCCGCCCUGCUGCCGGGAAAGGUGCCCGAGGUUCACAGGCCUAUUCCCCGCAAACCCCUGCAGCCCCUGAGCGGGGGGGACGUCACGGCCAAGCGGGUGGCUCCCGCUGGACGAGAGUCCCAGCUUCAACCCCAGCCCGAACGCGGCAGGUUGGCCAAAGAAAAAUGGCAGCAAAGCGCGAGAGCGGCAGAGGUAAAGCCCGAGAGCAAUCGCACGGGAGCGGCCGCUCCUGAUUCCCAGCUUUUUCGAGUCUCCCGACCGCACAAAGCGGUAGCGAACUCUGAAAAAACCGCGCUGGAAGAAUGGAGCCAAACGAAUUCAUCUCUCAAGACAGUCGAUCCAAAUAUUGAGGCGGUAGUGGUCAAUGAGACAGUAAAGCAAUCCGAUGGGAAAACAUCUACCGGACCUAAAGUAUGGAAUGAAACAAAAAAUGAAUCUGUCAAUAUUACUGAUAUAAAAGAUGUGUUAAAACAAUCUGAACUAAAAAAGACAGUUUUAAGUGGUUUAAACAAUGCCACAAAAACACGGAUUGUCUUUGGAACGAAUAAAACAGCAAUAAACAAUGUAGAAUUUAAAAAUCAGACAUAUGUCAUUGAGGGAAAACGCUUUUCGAAAGAUAUUGGGGUUAAAUUAACUCCUAACAUCAAUGAAACAAGUGAUCUACAGAGAGUCGGCAACAUUUUAAAUCAUCCAGUUUUUAACUUAGAUUCUAUUGUAGGAGUACACAAGGUUUUAGAUAUUGACAUGACUAUAUCACCUCGUGAUCCUGAAGCCAUUGGCCAAUUUGGGCAGCAGGCAGUUGUGCCAAAGGAACAUGAAAAAUUAGCAAAGGAAAAAUGGAAUGAGGGACAUUUCAACGUAUAUCUCAGUAACAUGAUCCCACUGGACAGGGCUAUCCCGGAUACCAGACCUGAAGGGUGUUCCAACCAGGUAAUUCACAACAACCUUCCAACAACCAGCAUCAUCAUGUGCUUCAUGGAUGAAGUGUGGUCUACACUUCUGAGGUCAAUUCACAGCAUCUUUAAUAGAUCACCUGCUCAUCUCAUUAAAGAGGUUAUCCUCGUGGAUGACUUCAGCACCAAAGAAUAUCUGAAAGAAAAUUUAGACAAAUACAUGUCGCAAUUCCCAAAAGUUCAUGUUAUUCACCUACAGGAGCGUCAUGGUUUAAUCCGAGCCAGACUUGUAGGUGCGGCCAUUGCUACAGGUGAUGUGCUGACAUUUUUGGAUUCCCAUGUUGAAUGCAAUGUUGGCUGGCUGGAACCACUCUUGGAAACAAUCCAUUUAAAGCGAACAAAAGUAGCUUGCCCUGUGAUUGAAGUUAUUAGCGAUGAGGAUAUGAGCUAUGUAGGAGUGAGAGGUUUUCUCCGGGGAGUAUUUACCUGGCCCAUGAAUUUUGAGUGGAAAGCAAUACCUGAUGAAAUUAUUAAAAAAUACAAUCUAAAAGAAAUGGACCCAAUAAGGUGCCCAAUAAUGGCAGGAGGAUUAUUUUCAAUUGACAAGAAAUAUUUUUAUGAACUGGGUACUUAUGAUGCAGGCUUGGAAGUUUGGGGCGGAGAAAACAUGGAGCUAUCUUUUAAGGUUUGGAUGUGUGGAGGAGAAAUUGAGAUUAUCCCAUGUUCAAGAGUGGGCCAUAUUUUCCGUGAUGGCAAUCCAUACACUUUUCCAAAGAACAGAAUUAAGACAGUGGAACGGAAUCUGGCCCGUGUGGCAGAAGUUUGGCUGGAUGAAUAUGUUGAUGUUUUCUAUGGUCGUGGUUACCACCACCUUCUUAACACAAAUGACAUUGAAUUUAACAUCGGAGACUUAAGAAAGCAGAAGGAACUCCGGAAGAAGCUCCAGUGUAAGAGCUUUAAGUGGUAUUUAGAAAAUGUCUACCCUGAUAUACAGACAUCUUUAGUGAAAUCUGAUGGCUUGCUUUUUAAUGUAGGAACAAGAAAAUGUCUUACGGUUGAAAAUGGCACAUUUUCAUUUGACGCUUGUGAUAUUAACCAAAAGAACCAACAUUUUAGCCAUUCGUGGUUAAGGCUAAUUAAACAGAUGGACAUGUGCAUAGCUUUAUUGGAUGUGAAGCAGGGGUUGGGGAUGAAACCCUGUGAUAAAAGAAACAAUAAUCUAAGAUGGCACCAUCAAUCCUUUACAGCUGAAUCAACAUUGAGAGAUCAUAUUGUUUGGGAGAUUUCUCAGUUUCCUUGGUGUUUAGAAGGCAGUCCAUUUGGAAAAAUCUUGAUGAUAAACACCUGCGAUCCAGUCAACACUCACCAAAAAUGGAAAUUUACCAACUAUUAUGAGGAUUGAUGGAGAUAACAAUGGUGAUGCUAGCUUCUAGUGUCACAAGCAUUUUUAAAGAGUUGUGACUGUUUGAAACAAUAUUUGGUUGGAUGGACACCAAGAUCAAUGAACACCAAACAAAGAACAUUGAACCAUCCUAAAUAAUGUGCAAAUAAGUUUUAAAAACAAAUGUUUCCAGGUGGGAACCUGAAAGAACUGGAACACAAAGGGAGUUAAGCAAUACUUGGCUUCAGGCAUGAACAAAUAUUUUUCUAAUCUUACAGAAAAUUCAAACCUUAUUUUGUUUCAUCUGCUAAUGUGGUGUAUUUUUCUAUCCUUUUUAGAAAACUGUGGAGAAUAAUUUAUUGUAACACCGUCAAAUGUAAAUCUAUGAAUUAAUGUAAUUUGGACAUUUUCCCAUUUGCUGAGUGUUUUUAAAACUAUUCUUUCAUAUCUGUAAAAAGAAAGGAAGCUUUAACUGUUCAAAUCCAAAUGACAAGAAUGGGUGAUAAGAAAUUUUUUUAAAAUAAUUUUACUUUUAAGCUUUCAAGUUUUUUUAUAUUUCCUCAUUAUAACACUCAUUAGAAACUUAAAAAAUGAUAUUUUGUAUGCAAUUUUCUGUUUCAAAUUUGUUUCUUUAACUUAUAAAAGCUUUAAUUUCAAA